CUGCGCAGUGCCGUCUCCGGGCGCGGGGCUGACGGUGUUUCGGGGCGCGGCGCCUGUCUGUCUGAGCGCGAGGCGGGACCGCGGGAGGUGGUGAUGGCGGCGGAGACGACGCUCAGAACACUGAAGCCACAUCACGAAGACGCUCGGAAACCAGAAGCAGGAACCGCAGCUCAGUCAGUGGGGAGACAAGACGCCCAGAACACUGAAGCCACUUCACUGAGAGGCUCGGGAACCAGAGGCAGGAACCGCAGCUCAGUCAGCGGGGAGACAAGACGGAUGGAAGGCUCCAGUUAUACAGAAGCCCCUGUACAGAGCAGCAGACGGCAAAGCAACCAGGCCUCAGCUUGUCUCACUGCAGCGUCUGUGGAACGGGACAGAAAUUGGCGAACAGAGGGCGCUACCCAUGAUGUUAACCGGCCAGUAGAUGACGACAAAAUUGCAAUCAGACAAAUUCUGAAAAGUUACAGCGACUCUGAGCUGCACAUGGUGACCGUGUUCUACAGACAGAGACUUGAAGUGAUGGAUGAUCUGGUGGAGGACUUGACAUUGAUGCUGGAGAAACUACUGAGAGGCAGACAGUUUGCGCACGUCAGAGACCUGGUAAACAGGAAUCAGAGACAGGAAGCAUCGAGAUAUCUUCUGGAUUUAGUGACUGCAGCGAGAAGCCGAGUGCAGAGAGGGAUGUGGGAAGCUUUGGUGAAUAUAGAGGACAAUAAACCACAGCUGAAGGCAAUCCUGAGAGAGAUCCAGGAAAAGGGUAGGAAACUAUAAAU